UCUGCACGCUGGCUUGCUGGUGUCCCUAGCUGGUUGGUGCAAGCAUCUCUCCAGCUGCGUCUCGGUGCUGCACUAGCCGGUGAGCCGGGGCUUGGCCGGGGCUCUUCAGAGCACUGCGCAGGGAUUUAUGCUUCAGCAGAGGAUAUUUGUACUUUUCUCUCGGGAAUCAACAUCAUGAGAAACCUCAAGUUACUUCGUACCCUGGAGUUUCGGGAUAUUCAGGCUCCAGGGAGGCCUCAGUGCUUCACUCUGCGAACUGAACAGGGGACAGUGCUCAUUGGCUCAGAGCAUGGACUGACAGAAGUUGACCCUGGCGCGAGAGAAGUGAAAAAUGAAAUUUCUCUAGUGGCAGAAGGUUUUCUCCCGGAGGACGGAAGUGGUCGCAUCGUUGGUGUUCAGGACUUGCUGGAUCAGGAGUCCGUGUGUGUGGCCACAGCCUCGGGGGACGUCAUUCUCUGCAAUCUCAGCACGCACCAGCUGGAAUGUGUCGGAAGCGUUGCCAGCGGUAUCUGUGUCAUGAGCUGGAGCCCUGACCAGGAGCUGGUGCUCCUCGUUACAGGUCAGCAGACCCUGAUUAUGAUGACGAAAGACUUUGAACCAAUCAUGGAGCAACAAAUCCACCAGGAGGAUUUUGGUGAAAGCAAGUUUGUCACUCUUGGGUGGGGCAAGAAGGAGACCCAGUUCCACGGAUCAGAAGGGAGGCAGGCGGCCUUUCAGAUGCACACGCACGAGUCGGCAUUGCCCUGGGAUGACCACAGGCCCCGGGUGACUUGGCGUGGUGAUGGCCAGUUCUUUGCCGUGAGCGUCGUUUGCCCAGAGACAGGGGCCCGGAAGGUCCGAGUGUGGAACCGAGAGUUUGCCCUGCAGUCAACCAGUGAGCCCGUGGCAGGACUCGGACCAGCUCUGGCAUGGAAACCCUCUGGCAGUUUGAUCGCAUCCACGCAAGAUAAACCCAACCAGCAGGAUGUUGUAUUUUUUGAGAAAAAUGGACUUCUCCAUGGACAGUUUACUCUCCCUUUCUACAAAGAUGAGGUGAAGGUGAAUGAACUCCUCUGGAACGCAGACUCCACUGUGCUCGCAGUGUGGCUGGAGGAUCUUCAGGGCGAAGACAGCUCCUCCCGGAAAGCCUACGUCCAGCUCUGGACCGUGGGCAACUACCACUGGUAUCUCAAGCAGAGUCUGCCCUUUGACACUGGUGAGAAGAGCAAGAUAGUGUCUCUGACAUGGGACCCGGUGACCCCGUUCCGGCUGCAUGUCCUCUGCCAGGGCUGGCAUUAUCUCUGCUAUGACUGGCACUGGGCCACUGACCGGAGCACGGGAGAGAAUUCCAGCGACAUGGCCAACGUGGCCGUCAUCAGUGGAAACAGGGUGUUGGUAACGGUCUUCCGGCAGAUGGUGGUCCCGCCUCCCAUGUCCACCUACCAAGUGCUCUUCCGGCACCCCGUGAACCAAGUCAUGUUCUCUGUGCACCCUCAGAAGAGUAACGACCUCGCGGUCCUGGACGCCAGUAACCAGAUUUCUGUUUAUCGAUACGGUGAUGGUGCAAGUGCGGACCCCACGGUGAAACCAGGUGCCGCGGGUGGCUGUGGCUUGAAAGUGUUCUUUACAAUGCCUCACCUGGAAAAGAGAUACAGAAUUCAGUUUGCGAAUGGUGAGGAGCAGGAAGUCAACCCACUGAAGCUCAGCAUGAUCGCCUGGAUCCAAGAUGACGUUUUCCUGGCUGUCAGCCACAGUCCGUCCAGCCCUCGGUCUGUCAUUCAGCAUCUGACCGCGGCCCCUUCCGAGAUGGAUGAGGAGCAGGGACAGCUCAGCGUCAGCUCAUCUGUGACAGUGGAUGGGGUGAUAAUUGGUGCAUGCUGCAGUUCCAAGACCAAAUCCAUAGCGUUGCAGCUUGCUGAUGGCCAGAUAUUUAAGUAUCUUUGGGAGUCCCCCUCUCACGUUGUUGAGCCCUGGAAGAAUCCUGACGGAAUUCCUGUUCGGUUUCCAUAUCCAUGCACGCAGAUGGAAUUGGCCCAGGUUGGAGGGGAGGAGUGUGUCCUUGGUUUGUCUGACAGGUGUCGUUUUUUCAUCAAUGACACUGAGAUUGCUUCAAAUAUCACAUCAUUUGUGGUAUAUGAUGAGUUCUUGCUGCUGACAACCCAUUCCCAUACCUGCCAGUGUUUUUGCCUGACAGAGUCUUCGCUUAAAACAUUACAGGCAAGCCUGGGCAGCAGUCCUGUGUCGAACGGGGAGACUUGCCGGAAGGUGGAGAGGGGCUCACGAAUUGUCGCUGUUGUACCCCAGGACACAAAGCUUAUUUUACAGAUGCCAAGAGGAAACUUGGAAGUUGUUCAUCAUCGAGCCCUGGUUUUAGCUCAGCUUCGGAAGUGGUUAGAUAAACUUAUGUUUAAGGAAGCAUUUGAGUGCAUGAGAAAACUGAGAAUUAAUCUCAAUCUGAUUCAUGAUCACAAUCCUAAGGUGUUUCUUGACAAUGUGGAAAACUUCAUAAGACAGAUAGAUUCUGUGAAUCAUAUUAAUUUAUUUUUCACAGAAUUGAAGGAAGAGGAUGUCACGAAGACCAUGUACCCUCCCCUGGUUGCCCGUGAGUUGGACAAGCUCUCCAGGGACCCCGAGGGAAACAAAGUCGACCUUAUCUGCGACGCCAUGAGAGUGGCCAUGGAGAACAUAAAUCCUCACAAGUACUGCCUGUCCAUACUCACCUCCCACGUGAAGAAAACGACUCCAGAACUGGAAGUUGUGCUGCAGAAGGUACACAAGCUUCAAGGAAGCGGGACAUCUGCUCCUGAUGCUGUUACUGCCGAAGACGCCCUCAAGUAUUUGCUGCUUCUGGUCGACGUUAAUGAAUUAUAUGAUCAUUCUCUCGGGACCUAUGACUUUGAUUUGGUUCUCAUGGUGGCUGAGAAGUCCCAGAAGGAUCCCAAAGAAUAUCUUCCGUUUCUUAAUACACUUAAGAAAAUGGAAACAAAUUAUCAGCGGUUCACUAUAGACAAGCAUUUGAAACGGUAUGAGAAAGCCAUCGGCCACCUCAGCAAGUGUGGACCUGAACACUUCCCAGAAUGCUUAAACUUAAUAAAAGAUAAAAACUUAUACAACGAAGCUCUGAAGUUGUACCCACGGGGCUCGCAGCAGUACAAGGACAUCAGCGUUGCUUACGGGGAGCACCUGCUGCAGGAGCGCCUCCAGGAGCCAGCGGGGCUCGUGUUUGCCCGCUGCGGUGCCCACGAGCAAGCGCUGGAUGCCUUCCUGGCUUGUGGCAGCUGGCAGCAAGCUCUCUGUGUGGCUUCCCAGCUCAACUGGACCAAAGACCAACUGGCUGGGCUCAGCAGAACUCUGGCAGGAAAGCUAGUUGAACAGAGGAAGCACAAAGACGCAGCCACAGUUUUGGAACAAUAUGCACAGGACUACGAAGAAGCAGUGCUCUUGCUGCUCGAAGGAGCUGCCUGGGAAGAAGCUUUGAGACUGGUGUACAAGUACAACAGACUGGACAUUAUAGAAACCAAUGUAAAGCCUUCCGUUCUAGAAGCCCAGAAGCAUUACAUGGCCUUUCUGGACUCUCAGGCAGCCACAUUCAGUCGUCAUAAGAAGCGUUUCCUGGUGGUUCGAGAGCUCAAGGAGCAGGCCCAGCAGGCGACUCUGGGGGAGGACGUGCCCCAGCACCAGGAGUCCGACCUCUUCUCUGAAACCAGCAGUGUGGUGAGUGCCAGCGACACGAGUGGCAGAUACUCCCACAGCAACUCCCGGAUCUCAGCGCGAUCGUCAAAGAAUCGCCGCAAAGCCGAGCGGAAGAAGCACAGCCUCAAGGAAGGAAGCCCCCUGGAGGACCUGGCUCUCUUGGAGGCCUUGAGUGAAGUGGCUCAAAGCAUGGAGAAGUUGAAAGAUGAAAUACACCAUAUUUUGAAGAUGCUCUUUCUCUUUGAGUUCGAUGAACAAGGAAAGGAGUUACAGAAGACCUUUGAGGAUACUCUGCAGCUGAUAGAAAAGUCAAUUCCGGAAAUUUGGACUCUCCACCACAGGCAAAGCUCGGCUGCGCCCGUCCUGGGUCCUGAUUCCACCGCAAAUAGUAUCAUGGCCUCCUAUCAACAACAGAGGGUGUCAGCUCCUACUCACGAUUCCGAGCUUUUGAUACCACCAAAGAUCAACACCAGGACCCCGUGGAAACUGAGCCUGCUGGAGUGACAGCUGGUGUGAGGCGGGCUCGGGCCCAAGAAGACCAAGGCCGGCUCCCUCCCAGGCUCCCCCGCCAGCCGCUCAUGCCUCCCAGCACAGCUCUGUCCCAAGCCACCAGCACCAGGGACGAAGCAGCUCUUUGAUCUUUAUCUCGCUUAUAAUCUUAAUCGCCAGGACGGGAAACUUUAGCAAGUAGAGCAUUUCACAAGAGUUACUUGUUAUUUUUAUUUUUUUAAACUUUUGGUUUCACGCUGCUUGAGAGCCUGCCUGCCUCUGGUGUUGUCGUCCGUCAGCGUCUUGGAUCGUAUCCCCCAGCCCCGGGCCUCCUCCUGGGACUGUGGAAAAGUCACUGUAUUCAUCCGUGCCUCCGUGACUUGGGAAUAGUGUUUCGUGCUGUCUACCUCAAAAAUGUGAAGCCAAGUCAAAUGGUGUUUGUAAAUUGUUUCACGUUCCUGGAGCAGAGUCUUCCGUGGAAACAGCGUUGGCUGUCACGUUACCGACAUUGGGUCGUGCCAGUCACCUCCGUGGCUCCUUCACCCGCACUCGAGCGGAGGAAAGAGGGACGGAUCCCUUUGGAGGUCCCCAGUGCUCGUGGCAGUUACUUGUCAGAGGGAGCCCAGUCGUGAGAUUCCACUGUAAUGGGCUUGAGCCUCCUGUCAUUGCAGUGUUCCUGGGGACUGUCUCUCCUGCCUGUGAGUCACGUGCUGGAGCGGUGGCAGGAGUAGGUUAGACUCUUGGAAACGCCACCAGCCCAUUUGUUGUGGAAGCUUGGACAUCAUGCCGUGCGAGAAUGACAAUCAUUAGCCUCUUUCCUCCUGAGUCCUGCUUCUGAAAUGUUUAGAAGCCUUUUUCUUCUUUUUUCUAUUUCCUGUUUCUUUUUCCUUUCUUUUAUUUCCCCCCGUGCCCCCCCCCCUUUUUUUUUUAAGUGCUGAACCUGACCUCUGUCUUUCAGUUAUUUCCUCUGGAAGAAAUGAGAAUUUUCUCUGAUGAGUCUAAAAAGUUGUUUUGACAAGUAUCAUGGCUGAGUCUUAGGUAGAUAAAAAUAUUUCUUCCAUGUUUUAAUGACCAGAACCAGACCUUCAUUAGUAUACAUAAAGUAAAUGAAAGACUUUUUUUGAUGGUGGAGUGGGGCAGUGCUGGGGAUUAAACCCCAGGGCCUUACCCUUACCUUUGCAAGGCAGCUGUUCUGCUGAGCCACGUUCCCAGCAAGCAAGAAAUGCUAAGAAGUCCUUCCCCAGUACAGCAAAAUGUUAACUAUAAAACAAUCUAGGUGUGUUCAUUGUGUCAUUUAGGGUUUCUUUGGUAUGUCAGAAAUAAUUCAGUACCGGGCCACGUCCACGCACUGCCUGUGGCCGUGUGUUCCUCCCGGGGUAUAUGGUGUCCGAGCACGUGUUGCCCGCAUCUUCCCUCUUGAAAUUUGUACUUUCAUACGCUCAUGCUUUAGUGCUGGGGUGUGUCCUGGGGCUCUCUCUCCACUCUGGAGAAGCCCACAUUCUUUCUCGAGUGCAUUAUUUUUUUUUUCUCCCCCUCUCUUUCCUCAGAACUUCCAAAUGUGGUUUUACUUCAAAAAAUAUUAAUAUAAUAGAAGGCCAGAAAGAGAGCUUAAUGGGCUCAGCUCACGCUCUGCCUGCAGAAGGUGCGGGUUGGAUCCUCAGCACAGCACUGCCAGACCCCCGGUUACCACAUGGUGUGGCCCAAAAACAACAACAAAAUCAUACCAAAAAAAUUCAAGGAGAAAAUAAGAUAGAUUCUGCUCUGUAAAAGUCUACUUUUUGAUUGACCCCUACAAUGGAUUUGCUAUAUUUGUGUCCACAUUGAAGUCUUAUAUGGCUUUGUGUUUCCCUUCUGUCUGGGGUAAAAUGAACAUGAUAACUUAUAUGAGAUUCAAAAAAAAAUUUUUUUUUGUUUUUGUACCACACUUGGUGGUACUAAGGACUUAUACUCAGGGAUCAUUCCUGGAAGUGAUCAGGGAAUAUAUGGGGUUCCAGGGAUUGAACCUGGGUCAGCUGAAUGCAUUUAAGUGCCCUACCCAUUGUACUAUCCUCUCCAACCCCCAAGAUUUUAGUAUUUUGCAGUACUUCUGAAAUAUAUGAUAAUCACGGGGCUCAUGCAGAUGGAUUGGAAAUAGAAAUGCAUGUCUCAUUCAUAGUAUUGUGACUUCGUGAAUGUUUAGUGUUCUGAAAAUAAUUCAUUGCAGCAGCACAGCAACAGCAGAUUUGUGUAAAUAGUAUCAAUUACUAUCUCAUCUGAGCAGGUUGGAAUUUUUGUUCGUUUGGAGAAGUUGGCAGGAAUCUUGCAGGCUGAAGGUAAAUCAAGAAAGACAUUAAGUGGGGGGAAACUGCGCUGUAUGGGAAAAAAAAUUUCUAAGUGAGAUGAAUGUGUAAUUUGAGAUGAAGUAUGUCAAAUUCUGUAAAUAUAACUUUCUCAGUAUUUAGGUUGUGACAAAAACAAAGCUCAUGAUAUAAUAAAAACCACAUUCCUUUGUUG